AUGGAAGCAGAGAUGAAAGAAUUGAGACUCAAACUUAGGCAAACAAUGACCAUGUACAAAUCAGCUUGCAAAGAAGCAAUUUCAGCCCAAAAUAAGGCUAAUGAGAUUACUCAAUGGAAAAUGGAGGAGGAACGUAUGGUAGAGGAAGUUAUAAUGUCAAAAGAAGCAGCAUUGGCAUUAGCAGAAAAGGAGAAAGCUAAAGCAAAAGCUGCAAUCAAAGCAGCUGAUGAAGCUAUGAGAAUAGCAGAAAAAGAAGCACAAAGAAGAAUGCAAGUCGAGAAGACGGCUAAGAAAGAUAUAGAAGAGAGAGAUCAAGCACUAAAUGUGUUGGCUCGUAAAGAUAUUCGAUAUAGACAAUACACCUUAGACGAAAUUGAAAAGGCUACUCAAAAUUUCUCAUUAUCAAUGAAAAUAGGUGAAGGUGGAUAUGGACCUGUGUUUAAAGGUCAACUUGAUCAUACAAAUGUUGCAAUCAAAAUUUUAAGACCUGAUGCCAAUCAGGGUAGAAAACAGUUCCUACAAGAGGUUGAGGUAUUAUGCAACAUAAGACAUCCCAAUAUGGUCCUCCUCCUUGGUGCAUGUCAAGAAUAUGGAUGUUUGGUAUAUGAAUACAUGGACAAUGGUAGCUUAGAAGACAGAUUAUUAAGAAAACGAAACACCCCUCCAAUUCCAUGGCGAAAACGUUUCGAAAUAGCUUAUGAAAUUGCAACAGCACUUCUUUUCCUUCACCAAACAAAACCAGAAGCAAUUGUUCAUAGAGACCUUAAACCAGCCAACAUUCUCUUAGACAAAAAUUUUGUUAGCAAAAUAAGUGAUGUUGGUUUAGCAAGAUUAGUACCACCUUCUGUAGCUGAUUCUGUCACACAAUAUCACAUGACUGAAGCAGCUGGAACAUUAUGUUACAUUGAUCCAGAGUAUCAAAAUACAGGAAAAUUAACAACAAAAUCAGAUAUUUAUUCUUUAGGGAUAAUGUUUCUUCAAAUUAUCACAGCUAAGCCUCCAAUGGGACUUUCUCAUCAUGUUAAAAGGGCAAUUGAAAAUGAGAAUUUUUUCGAUAUGCUUGAUCCCGAUGUUACUGAUUGGCCUGUUGAUGAAGCUUUGGCGUUUGCUAAAAUUUCUUUGAGAUGUGCUGAGCUUAGUAAAAAAGAUAGACCGGAUCUUGCGUUAGAAGUGAUUCCGGAGCUUAAUCGAUUAAAAGAUUUUGGAUGUGACUUACAAAACUAUCAACAUAAUCAAAGUCAUCCAUCGGGUCCUCUUACGCCUCCUCAAAGUCCACUUUGAUAAACAUAUAUACAACAGAUUAUUGUUUUUUAGUAUAUAUAUUUGAUUGUGUUACGAAUGUUUAUUACAACACAUUUUGUAAUGAACUUCUUUGCAAUACACAUUUUGG